AUGGCAGCGAGCAUCAAGGCCGGGGAAGAGCCUGGCGUGUACUAUGUAUCGGGAUCGACAUGGUCGGUGGGGAACCGGUAUUCGCUUCUGAAGCAGCUGGGAGAGGGAAGCUUCUCUCAGGUUUGCCUUGCGGUGGACAAGGAGACCCAGGAGAAGGUGGCGGUCAAGCGCAUCCCGAACGUCCUGGACAGCCUGGAAAACGCCAAGCGCGUGCUGCGCGAGGUGUGCAUCCUGCGCCGCAUGGACCACCCGGGCAUCAUAUCCCUCAAAGACGUCUUCCUUCGGCCCGCCAGCAGCGGGCGGUUUGUGUACCGCAAGGGCCAGCUGGUGCCGACGUCACUCGACCUGUACCUUGCCCUGGAGUACUGCGAACAGGUGCGUUUUUGCUAA